GGGUGCCGGCCGCCGUCUCUGCACCGCGAGCUUUCAGGUCUCUGCAGCGCGCACCGCUCCCGCGCCAGCGCCUAGCGCCCUCACCUCUCCCAGCCGGCACCAUGCGCGAGAUCGUGCACAUCCAGGCGGGCCAGUGCGGCAACCAGAUCGGGGCCAAGUUCUGGGAGGUGAUCAGUGAUGAGCAUGGCAUUGACCCCACUGGCAGUUACCAUGGAGACAGCGACUUGCAGCUGGAGAGAAUCAACGUGUACUACAACGAGGCCGCUGGUAACAAGUAUGUACCUCGCGCCAUCCUGGUGGACCUGGAGCCUGGCACGAUGGACUCGGUGAGGUCGGGACCCUUUGGCCAGAUCUUCAGGCCAGACAACUUUGUGUUCGGCCAGAGUGGUGCUGGGAACAACUGGGCCAAGGGCCACUACACAGAGGGUGCUGAGCUGGUGGACUCCGUCCUGGACGUGGUGAGGAAGGAGUCGGAAAGCUGUGACUGUCUCCAGGGCUUCCAGCUGACCCAUUCUCUGGGGGGCGGCACCGGCUCGGGGAUGGGCACCCUGCUCAUCAGCAAGAUCCGCGAGGAGUACCCCGACCGCAUCAUGAACACCUUCAGCGUCAUGCCCUCGCCCAAGGUGUCUGACACCGUGGUGGAGCCCUACAACGCCACCCUCUCAGUGCACCAGCUGGUGGAGAACACAGAUGAGACCUACUCCAUCGACAACGAGGCCCUGUAUGACAUCUGCUUCCGCACCCUCAAGCUGACCACACCCACCUACGGUGACCUCAACCACCUGGUGUCGGCCACCAUGAGCGGGGUGACCACCUGCUUGCGCUUCCCGGGCCAGCUGAAUGCUGACCUGCGCAAGCUGGCCGUGAACAUGGUGCCCUUCCCGCGCCUGCACUUCUUCAUGCCCGGCUUCGCACCCCUCACCAGCCGGGGCAGCCAGCAGUACCGCGCCCUGACGGUGCCCGAGCUCACCCAGCAGAUGUUCGACUCCAAGAACAUGAUGGCCGCCUGCGACCCACGCCACGGCCGCUACCUCACGGUGGCUGCCAUCUUCCGCGGCCGCAUGUCCAUGAAGGAGGUGGACGAGCAGAUGCUCAACGUGCAGAACAAGAACAGCAGCUACUUCGUGGAGUGGAUUCCCAACAACGUGAAGACGGCCGUGUGCGACAUCCCACCGCGCGGCCUCAAGAUGUCAGCCACCUUCAUCGGCAACAGCACGGCCAUCCAGGAGCUGUUCAAGCGCAUCUCGGAGCAGUUCACGGCCAUGUUCCGGCGCAAGGCCUUCCUGCACUGGUACACGGGCGAGGGCAUGGACGAGAUGGAGUUCACCGAGGCCGAGAGCAACAUGAACGACCUGGUGUCUGAGUACCAGCAGUACCAGGAUGCCACGGCCGACGAACAGGGGGAGUUCGAGGAGGAGGAGGGCGAGGACGAGGCUUGAGAACUUUUGAAGUAACUCUGCAUCCUUAGUGAACUUUUGUCCUCUAGCAUGGUCUCUUUGUAUCCUAUGGUGCUCAGUUUGCCUCUGUCAGAGAUUUACUGUUGAUGUAAUAACGUGGAUCUCCUCUCAGAAUCAGUGUUGUCCAAGAUAUCUAUACUAAUAAAGCAUGUGUAUAAGACCUUGU